AUGUGUGACACCUGUUCAAGUUACAAUUCGGGUAAUUUAAAUGAAUCAGAUUACCAAAUACAUAUAAUUAAGAAAAACAGAGCUAGACAAGAAAAAGAAGAGGACAAGAAAAAAGCAGCUGCUGGAGAAUUUAUACUUUUGACUAUGGAUUUAGAAGCUGUGAAGAAUCGUAAUUGUGUGCUGGCAAAUGCACUGCUCCUUUUGAGCAAGAAACAUAACGUAAUCAUAACGCAAAAAUUUUUAGAACCAGGUCACACUCAGAUGGAGUGUGACUCGGUUCACAGUACUAUUGAGCGAAAACUCAAAAAUCGGGAAAUACAUUUGCCUAGUGAUUAUGUCACGAUUACUAAAGAGGCACGAAGCACUAACCCUUAUGAAGCAAUUAAUGUAGAUCAUGAAUUUGUUAAAGAUUAUGCCCGACCUGAAAAUAUGCUUUAUAAAAGUAUUCGACCAGGCCGCAAAGCUGGUGAUCCACAGGUUGUAGAUAUCAGAGUAAUAAAGUACAAUAUUAUGACAAUCGAAGUUAAACUGGGUUUUGACGAACAGUUGAUUCCUUUACCGCACAGACCUAGGUUACUAGCUUCGGAAGCAAUCUAUCCUCCACUACAUCCUAAUAAAAUUCCAAUUACUGUAACGAAGUACAACCACCUGCAACAACUAAAAGCAGUAUUACCUAAAGAUUGCCAUAAUUUUUAUGACACUUUGCCAUUUGUUUGA